UGUUGUCUCUUUACAAGCGCCGUUUUAACCUCGAAAGCGAAUAAGAAUAAAUAUAUAGAAAGUGUUUGCCGGUUCAGUCUAUUGUGGCCUCAGCAGAGGCGCUAUAGUAAUUGAAAAUUUAAGUCUACAAGGCGCAAGCGGUUAACGGUCCGUCAUUUUUCAAGGGUAUAAGGGUACGAUACUGCGCGACCACAACGUGAGGAUCAUCUGUCUCAGUCGUACUUUUGCUUUCAACGUUCUCAUCAACUCUAUUCCCCCCUUUCUCUUAUUUCUCUAAUCAUACGUGCACGUACGUACCACUCACGAGCGGCCGCAUAUAAUUCUCAGGCGUUUAUACUUACUCAGAGAUAAUUCGUUGUGAAAAAGUACCUACGCACAGGCUUCUAAUAACUGGUUGUAAGAUUGGGAGAUCAUUAUUCUUUAAGAAAAAUUUAUAAUACAGCUUAAAUCAUAAAUCUGAAAUCAUGGGUAAAGUGUCAACAAACGGUACAGGCUCUGGGGGGGAUGAGAGAAAUAUAUAUAUUCGGAGAUACAAAUCAACGAGCAAUUCCUCAAAAGCUUCUUCAAAUGCGAGUUUAGCCAAGACAAUGGGCGAGUCCGAGAGUUCAAGCAGAUCAAAGCAUACCUCAGAUAUAAUUAAACCUCCAAAUAAGGAAAGAAAUAACAUUAAGAGUAAACUUCGUAGUCCAAUAAAAGUAAGGCUGAGCCAAUCAACGAACCGUGUAAGCAGACCACAUAUUCUUAAUACCCAUAAAGAAGUUAAGAAGGCUAGUGGAGUUAUACAAAAACAGAAUCUAAUGACGAAAAUGAAGCAGGAAUCUGAAACAGAACGCAAACAAAAGUCUUCGCAUAUACCAACUGAAAAUAAGGAACCAACCGAGCAGGUUGAGAAUACUAAACAAAUUAAUGAGUCUAACUAUAAUAUUGAUCAAUUAGUAGAUCAAGAAAAUGGAAAUGCAAAUGGAUUAGAUAAAAAAGAAUUAACAGAAGCAAAUUUUAAUCAUAACGAAUCAAAAAAUAAUGGACAGACAGAAGAGAAUGGACAAGUACCUGAAAUAAAUGAAAACGAAGACUUUAACCUUCAUCUAGAUGUAGAAGAAAAUAUAAACUGCAAAGAAGAAAUAUUAAAUUUACAUCCAGAUUUGUUAGAAACAAAUAAAGAAGAUAGUGUACAAAAAGAAUUACAAACUUUAGUUAAAGAGGUACAUGAACAUUUAGAAACUGGUACAGAUAGUUAUUCUGUUGAUGUAGUUGAAUCUACGACAUCAGAGGUGUCUGAUACUACAGAAUCCGCAACUCCUUUAGAAGCAAAAAGCGAAGAUAUAAUUCAAGAUGAAAAUAAUGAUGCUAUAUCUUACGAUUCUUCUAUAAUGUUGAAAGAUGUAAAAAUAAAAUUGAAUGAUUGCUUGAAAGAUACUAAGCCUGAAGAAGAUAAUGCUGAUCAAGGACUAUCAGAAUAUGUUCACAAAGAAACCACAUUUGGUCAAACUCUUAGAACAAUAUCUGGAAGAAAUUCUAUUGGGCGAAUGAGACAUAUAACUAUACGAGAUAGGCAACCAUCUCCUAAUAGUUCACUUUUUGUUAAUACUUCAAAUAUAUCCUUAUCCGAAGAGAAUAUUAAUGAUUACAAAAUUCUUCGUCGUUGCAAUACAGUAUCAGAACUUACUUCUAGCAAUGGUACGUUAUUUUUAGAUAGGAAACGGAAAUUGAUAACAGAAAGCAUAAGCGAAUUGAAAAAACCAAAGAUAGAAGAAAGUAAUUUGUGGAAUGCUUCUUUUGGAUUUCUUAAGUAUCCCUUUAGUCUAAGAAGGCCUAUUCAGGUUUCAACACCCUACAAAUUUCAAGUGGAAAAACAUGAUUUGAUUGCUAGUAAAGAAUCGAAGACGGAUGACUCAGGUAUCAUUAAAAAGUGGUGUGUAAUCAUGUAAAAAAUAUAUACAUCUAUAAAUGAAAUUACAGGAUAGACGAUGUGUCAUUUAUACAUAUAAGUAACUAUUUGAAUAAAGAUCGAAGUUUUGUUUUACUAAUAUUUUCAU